CGUCGUGCCGUUCCGAACCGUGCUCGUUCUUCGCUGCUUGAGAAGAGGGUUGGGGGGGCUGUUUUCAGGAUGUUGGGUCGGUGCAUGACGUUGCUCAGUUCUCAUUUUUGCUAGCAUACUAUCAUGUUUUUUUACGCUAACGUGAGCUAACGUUAGCCGUGACCGUUAUGAGUCUCGGCGCUGCGUGUCUCCUGUGCGACUUGUUCAUAGCAGCUGUCACCGGUACACACCGGAGGUUUUCCUCUCCUUUCGUAGCAGAAAUAGUGAGAAGCAAACAUGGCAGAACAAGACGUUUGUCCCCACAUGGACUCCAUAGGCGAGGUGACAAAAGAGGAUCUGAUCCAGAAAUCUAAGGGAACUUGUCAGUCAUGUGGAGCUGGGGGCCCAAACUUGUGGGCUUGUUUGCAGAGUGACUGUCCUUAUGUUGGUUGUGGGGAGUCCUAUGCUGAUCAUAGCACCCUGCAUGCACAGACCAAGAAGCACAACCUGACCGUGAACCUGACAACCUUCAGGAUCUGGUGUUAUGUGUGCGAGCGGGAGGUGUUUUUAGAUCAGAAACCAGCUCUGGUUCCUGUUCCGGCCGCUCCUCAUCACUGCAAAGCCACAGAGCAGGAGGCAGUUCCUCUGGCAGCAAGUCACCCACUGAAAGCAGUACCAAUCGCUGUGGCGGAAGAAGGGUCAGAAUCAGAGGAGGAUGAGCUUAAACCCAGAGGUUUGACAGGCAUGAAAAACAUUGGGAAUUCCUGCUACAUGAAUGCUGCUCUUCAGGCCCUGUCCAACUGUCCUCCUCUCACUCAGUUUUUCCUGGACUGUAGCGGGUUGGUCCGGACCGAUAAGAAGCCGGCUCUGUGUAAAAGCUACCAGAAACUGAUCUCAGAACUCUGGCAUAAGAAACGGCCCAGUUAUGUUGUUCCCACCAGCCUGUCUCAUGGCAUCAAAUUAGUAAACCCCAUGUUUCGAGGUUAUGCCCAGCAGGACACUCAGGAGUUCCUACGCUGUCUGAUGGACCAGUUACACGAGGAGCUGAAAGAGCCGCUGACUGAGUGCAGCCUGAGUGUCGAGGGAAGCGACGGGGAGGAGAGGAGAGACGGGGACCGCUCUCCAUCCGAAGAUGAAUUUCUGUCCUGUGACUCCGGCUCCAGCAGUGACCGGGGGGAGAGUGGAGGGCUGGGCGACGGCGAGCUGCUCCUGCAGGACGAGUGUGACGGGUUCAGGCCCCCGUCCAUGGGGAUGGCCGGAAUCGUCUCUCCAGCGGUGAUCUCGGAGAAGGAGAGGCUGAAGGAGAAGAGGAUGUCUGGCUCACCGCUGCGUGGAGGCUCACAGGAGAUGGAUGAAGAUGCGGAUGUGGACACAUCAGCUGAGGAGCAGGCUCCUUGGAGGACAGAGGAGGAGCAGUCAGCUCCAGAUGCACACACCGAAGUCCAAAGUCAGGAAAAUAACCAGACAUCUGCUUCAGGGCAAGUCCAGAGCAACAGUACCUCAGAACCAGAUAAUGAAGCAUCAAUGCCCCAACCGCAGUCCAGUCCCUGCAGUCCGGUACGGACUCUCCAGGAGCUGCAUCCCAAACUGUCAUCCAGUCCACCACGCUCCAGCCCCCUCCGCUCAGCUGGACCUGCAUACUCCUUCAAAAAGGCUCAGCUGCUGCUCAGUUCCAGGAAGAAGAAGCAGUCUCACUAUCGCAGCGUAAUCUCAGACAUCUUUGACGGCUCCAUCCUCAGUCUGGUCCAGUGUUUAACCUGUGACAGGGUUUCCACCACGGUAGAGACCUUCCAGGACCUAUCCCUGCCCAUUCCGGGCAAGGAAGACUUGGCGAAGCUGCAUUCCUCCAUCCAUCAGAACCUGCCAAUGAAGACCGGCGUCUGCCCCGACACCUACGGCUCACAGGGCUGGAUCGCUUACAUCAUGGACUCCAUACGCCGGUUUGUUGUCUCAUGCAUCCCCACUUGGUUUUGGGGGCCCAUGGUUACUCUGGAGGACUGCCUCGCUGCCUUUUUUGCUGCAGAUGAGCUGAAAGGAGACAACAUGUACAGCUGCGAGAGAUGUAAGAAGUUGCGAAAUGGGGUCAAAUACUGCAAAGUGCUAAAACUCCCUGAGAUUCUUUGCAUUCACCUGAAGCGUUUUCGACACGAGAUCAUGUAUUCAUUCAAGAUCAGCAGCCAUGUGUCGUUCCCGCUGGAGGGCCUCGACAUGCAGCCUUUCCUGGCUAAAGACAGCCCAUCUCAAGUCACCACCUACGAUCUGCUGUCAGUCAUCUGCCAUCAUGGCACGGCAGGAAGUGGUCAUUAUAUAGCUUACUGUCAGAAUGUGAUUAACGGUCAGUGGUAUGAGUUUGAUGACCAGUAUGUGACAGAAGUCCACGAGACGGUGGUGCAGAAUGCAGAGGCCUACGUUUUGUUUUAUAGGAAAAGCAGCGAGGAGUCGGUCCGAGAGAGACAGAAGGUGGUGGCUCUGGCCAACAUGAAGGAGCCCAGCCUGCUGCAGUUUUACAUCUCCAGAGAAUGGCUGAACAAGUUCAACACCUUCGCCGAGCCAGGCCCCAUCAGCAAUCACACGUUCCUCUGUCAGCACGGAGGUAUUCCUCCUAAUAAGUACCACUAUAUUGACGAUUUAGUUGUGAUCGUUCCUCAGAAUGUGUGGGAAUACCUUUACAACAGUUUUGGAGGGGGCCCAGCUGUCAACCACCUGUACAUGUGCGCCAUCUGUCAGGUGGAGAUCGAAGCUCUUGCGAAACGUAGGAAAACCGAAAUCGACACCUUCAUCAAGUUGAACAAAGAGUUCCAGGCUGAGGAGGCGCCGACGGUCAUCCUGUGUAUCAGCAUGCAGUGGUUCAGAGAGUGGGAGGCCUUCGUCAAGGGCAAAGACAACGAGCCACCAGGUCCUAUUGACAACAGUAAAAUUGGCGUUAUGAAAGGAGGACACUUACAGCUGAAGCAAGGUGCCGAUUAUGGCCAGAUAUCAGAGGAGACAUGGCAGUACUUGUUGGGCAUUUAUGGCGGAGGUCCUGAGAUUGCAAUUAGACAGACGGUGGCCCCGGCUGACCCCGACAGUCUUCAUGGAGAGAGGAAGAUCGAGGCGGAGACCAGAGCACUUUGAGACUGACAAAGGUCUCCUGAUUCCUUCCCACUCCUGCCCUCACAAGCAGCUGAUGAAUUUGCACCUUGGUGAUGAAGCAUUGUGAGCACUUUGUAAAUGUAGAAACACAUUAUCUCAAAGCCAAGUUGCAAGAAGAGGAAACGGUACCUAAAUAUUACAGUUUUAGCUCAGAAAUCUGCCGUUAAGGUUUAAAAAAACGACUUUGUGUUGCAUCUCCAGAGCUGGUUUUGGUCACCGUGGUGUCUCAGUGGCUGCUGUAGUGGCUAGAUGUCAUGUACCGCUUAAACGGCCGCAACCGGCGGACAGCUGCCGGUGUCACAAACCAGAACGGCGCAGGCCGAUGUUUAGCGUGGAGACUUUUCUUUUUCCUCACUGGAAGCAACAAUUAAGAUAUACAAAGUGGUUUUCUGCUGUAUGUCUGUUUGCUAGUUACUAGCAUAGCAACAAACGCAGACCCGGAGUGAGAAACUCUUGUUUUCACCUUAAACACAUCAUGCACUGAGCCCUCAGGAAUGGAAGUCUUUUUGUUAGUUUUGGCGGCUGACAUUUUUAUAGCAGGUUUGUUUAGCUCUAAAAACAUGCAUGUGCGAGUUAUGCACAAUUAUUUCUGAGCUCAAACUGCAUGCAGCUGCAAGUAAGAGCGUUCUGCUGUAAAGCUGAGAUGCUGCGUUCUUGUUUUCUGAAACGGACAGUUUUGUUUGUUUACAUGCUCAGAGUUAUUUAAUAUAAACCUGCUUUUGUAAAGUUUCUUCCAGCUGGAUGGGGAAAUAGGCAUAAGUGCAUAUAUACAUGUGAAUAUUAACAUUUCAUCAGUGAAACAAAAAGGAGAGAAAGGUAACGACUCAUCAGAGGUGAUGAGAGAAACUUUUUCAUCAGUUCUUCAGUUGCAGGCUUUAAAGGUGUGGGUGCCUGAAAGAACAUUUUUUCAAAUGUUUUUUUCUGAUUAUAAUCUGUCACUCUUGAGUUUUUCAUCCAGGCUGAACAGGAAAAUGGUCUCCUACACCUAUCUCCUGCAUUAGCUUCUGGUAGAAAAUAGAUGAUGAAAAUCCCGGAUUUGAACAUUCUCACAGAUCUACGUCACACUGUUAAUUAGCAUUCAUGGACUCAUCCAUCUCGACUCACGACGAGGAAGGCUGUUGUUGUUUUAACAUCCAGGAAACGGCAGCGGACGUUUCGACUAGUUUAAGCUUACCGUUAGCAUUAGCAACAUCACCACACGGCAGAACUCCUUCAGGUUUUGUGCUAUUUGUGGAGAUAAAACAUCCACGUUGCAAGUCAGUGGUAGAGUCACAUUACUGUUAUUCAAUGUGGGUCACUGCUAGUUCCUGGACUUACAAGGCAGAGACCACUGCAUAUGUAUUGAUUAAACAAGUCAACCACUGCUCCGAUGUUUGAGAAAGGUUUGUUAAUAACAGGCCAUUACGUCAGGUUUUUACCAUGUUUUAUUUUCUUAUGUUUAGCUCUUCAGUGAAUCAGGAAUCCAAAUAUGUCCAAUGAAACAGUUUUGAAAAACAUAUUUGUGCAUCUGUGGAUUUUUAUCAACAAUAUGUUUGUUAGUGAUCCUGAUCAUGAGUAGUUGCACCUUCAUAACCUUUAUACUCACUUUAUUAUCCUCGUGGUUAUUCUCAUUUCACAUUGAGUUAGGAAGGGAUGAUGUAAGCGACAGUGAAGGAUUUGGUUUAGGACAUCUAUUUAAAUAAUUUGAGCAGGAUUUUUGGAGCUAAAGUAUUAGUUCAACUUGUCAGCCCAACUACUUUUACUUUUGACUUCUUUUCCUCCUAUAACAUGCUGAGAUGCAACAUGGAUGUUGAAACUAGUCACAUGUGCACAAUUGUACAUUGGCACAGACUUUCACUGAUUUAGUUGGGAUCGUUUCUUGCCAAGUCAAGCUCUGGAAGUGGAAAACAUUUCUUAGGAGGAAAUUUAUUUAGAUUUAGGAAGAAAUAAAUGAGGCACCUUUUGGUCUGGAGUCGGGGCUGCAUCAGGUUUGAUGUGCUGUUCACUCUUUUUUUCUAUUUGAAAUUUACUCAUAUAUUGUUACAGUUAACAAUCAGUAAGGUUUUAAAUUCAGUCAAAAAUAUUCAGGUUUAAUUAUGUAGAACUACUAAAGCUUGUCUGAAGUCCCGUCAUUGAACCACGAUGCCUUCAAGCCACAGACACACCCACCAUAUUCAGUUAGAGGUGGGACUCUGUUAUAUUCAGAUCUUUCCACAAUGCUUUAAUUUCUAAGGAAUCACCCAUCUUGACUUUCUGUUGUUCUAUUUUUGUUGAAACAAAACCUGCAAGACGUGUUUGACAGAAGACUCAAGUGUGUCAGGAAAAGCUAAACUCUCCAGAAUCUGAAUGAGUAGAUAUUGUAAAUAGGAAAAAAUGUAGUAUAAAUAUUAUAUCUUAAAUAAGUCGUACUUUAAGAAAAAUAGAUGAGGGUUUUUUCAGCAGAAAAGGUUGAUUUUACGAUGACAUUAGCUAGUUAGCAGCUAGCAAUCUUUGAGCUUGCUAGCUGCAGCUCCCUGAUAAACUUAACAAACAUCUUCUGCUCGAAAUUUUAAAGUAUACACUUUAAAACCUUGAACACAAACUUCACUGGAAAAUAAUUAACUGUUACCAACUAAGCUAGCAGCAAGUUAGCGGUUUUAGCUUUUGGAUGUAGCAUCAGAGUCUGUUCUUUAACUUUUACCCAUUUAGUCUUGUUUUCAGACAUUUAUUUGUUCUCUUCGAGGCUUGAGCUGUCCCCCUGACACAUCAAGAAGCGAGAACAUAGCUCAAAAAAUUUUACAUGAACACAGUUCUCACCACAUAUUUGCUUUGGAAACGUAAGCUAGGUAAAAAUUAUUUUUUUUAAAUCUAGUAAAUUACUUAAUGUACUUUUGUUGUUUUUGAAGCAUUUUUAAAAGUGCAUUAUGUAGAAAUGAAGUAAAAACACACCCUUUACUGCAACCACUUUAAACACUCUGGAGCUUUUUGCCGGCCGUUGUCAAAUUACAAUUGUCGGCGCUGCAUUAUUAGCUCGCAGGAGACGGCAGCCCCGCUCUCACUGGUAAACCAUAGUUACGUCCCUCCUUACUUUGUUUUGAAAGGAGAACAACUGACAAUCCCCACAGCCAGCUGGAUAUAUGUUUAAGUAUAACCAUUCUUCCAAAAUGACUGAAACAUUACUCUUGGGAUUUUCUCACUGUAAAAUUCUACCUAUAUUCUUACAUACUGCACCUUUAAUAAAAAGGGAUGUGUUCUGGCAGAUGAUGGAUAUUUUAUUCAAGGUUAAUCUUUUUAUAGAGUAAAGUCCAACUUUCACAUUUGUUUUUUUGACUGUGUUACCUUGAAACGUCUUGUAAAUGGGACAUGACUUAAAGUGACAAUUUGUAGUUUUUAACCAAUAAUCUCUAAAAAAUAUCCAUCGAAAAGAUUCCCCGUUGCUGAAAAACAUUGGCCGUUUCAGAACAUAUAAUCAUAGAAAUCCGUUCUAAAAUACAUGGGAGUGGGUCUAAGUCUCUGGGAGACGCCAUAUUGGAAAGGAAGAAAACUAUCUUUUAUAUAGCGCCUCUCAAGAUAAAUUUGGAUGCCAUGUUUCCUUCUACAGAAACCCGUGAGGACAUAAUGCUUUUACUGAUUUGUAACAAACGGUUUUAUAACUUUCACCAUUAAUAAGCGCUGCCGCUUUACACAUUUACCUCUUCAGUCAUUGCCAGUGAUGAAAGGGAAUCUGAUGAUCUAUUUAUUUUGGUGGAGAUUGCACUCCCAGGGUGUUUUGACCCUAAUGGCCAUCCGUUGUUAAGGUCUUAUUUGAACACAAAAAUAAUGCUAACUUGCAAUGAUUUAGGUAUGUACUGCCCCCUAUCCCCAGGGAAACUACACACUGUCGCUUUAACUUAAAAUGUCUUAACUGUUUGCUAUUCAUCUCCAUCAUUGUGGGACCAACGCCGGUAAAGAUAAGAUCUUAUUGGUAUCAAUUCUAUUCAAAGAUGUUAAAAUCUAUUCUAUUUCUAGUUAAUAUUUUUGUCUUUAACUCCUAAUUUUCCACACGUCCACAUUUAUUUUCUUUAAUUUUCAUAAGAAAAGGUCACUGAUGGGUUUUGUUGCACAAGUUUGUCUUUUCACACAUUACCAUUCUUUAUCAGGAGACUAUUGAUGUUGCAAAAGUAUGUUUUAUAUUAGUAUAUAGAUACAUUUAGGGGGAACAAGUGCAAUCCAAAUUAGUGCAAUCUUCGGAGACACUAGUAUACUAUUUGAACAGCUGCCAGUAAAAGCUGAGACAGUGCAGCCUGUUGUAGCCCAGUGUUAAGGAGUCCUUAAUGAUAAUUAUUUAAUUAUCUCCACCCUGUAAAUAUGUAAGGUCAUGUUGCAGCAUGCAGAUGCGUGUGACGGAUUUCCAACCUGGAAAAGACGAGUUACUGUGGUUGAACACUUUAUUGCAAAUAUCACGGCUAACGAGGUUUUGUGUGACUCACGUUUUCCAUGCAUUUUACGAAGUGCGGCUCUUGUGGUCAAGCCCUUGGUGAUUUUUAAGCUGUGGUCAACCAUAGUUCAGUGGGAUGUCUUGAUAUGUUACUGAUGUAAUUAUUAUGACCGAUUUAAUGAUUAAAAUUUCCUUCUGGAUCUGAA